AUGGAUAGAAAUUACCCGGGAACAGGGUUUGGUGAUUUGGGCGCAGGAGCAGGAUGGAGUUACGAGAGAUCGGCUAAAGCAAGUCUUGUGUAUGGGAGUUCCAGAUCAUCCCACCCCGAGUCUGAGCUUCUUCACCGACAAGCCUACGCCACCCCACACCCUCUGCAGGGCUAUGCCACCAAUCACCACCCAGGGAGCUCUGGCCAAGGCGGGGCUUGGGGAGCAGCCGGACGGAGUUUGGGUUUGUCGGGGCUCUUUGACACGGGUCUGCAUCAUGCCAGCCCCUCAGCCCCAGAUGCCUCCGUCAUGAAUCUGAUCUCAGCCCUGGAAUCCCGGGGUCCCCAGCCUCCCCCUUCUGCUUCCUCCCUGCUCUCCCAGUUCCGCACACCAUCCUGGCAGACAGCAAUGCACACGCCUGCUCCUCCAGAACUAUUCAUAUCCGGAGCCCUUCCUGGCUCCGGCUCCUUCCCCUCCUCUUCAGCUCUCUCAGCCUAUCAGCAUCCAGCAUCCUUCUCAAGCCGCUCUUUCCCUGCCACUUCCCUCACCCUCCAGGAUACCCCCACAUUUAGCCCCACAUCCAAUGGCCUUCUCUCCCCACAUGACCCUCUACUACACAUCAAGGCCCCUUCCCAGUCCAGCCUGGGUUUUGACAGACUCCUGUCCUCGCAGGGUGCCGCUGCAGCUGCUUAUAGGGGCAGCCAGGAUCCUACGAGCGCCACAUCAGCCCAGGCCUCUUCUGCCAGGCACUUGCAGUCGCACCAGUUCAACCUGCUGUCAUCACAACUCCAGGACCAGUCGUCCCAGCUGUACAAUGCAUCUGUCUUUUCUUCAGCUCAGCCCCAGCCACAAUCCCAGUCCCAGUCCAAUUCGGCUCAGGAACGGGCGGUACCUCGCCAGGACAGCGUUAUCAAGCACUACCAGCGGCCCACGCCAGCUCAGUCUCAGCUCUCAUCCUCUGCUGCCCACUCCCUUCAGCACUACCUCAGCUGUGGAGGAGCAGGGUACCAGCAGAUUGCUUCCCAUCACAGACACGCUGGCCUUUCUUGCAGCCCACUGGGUGACCAGAGCCCCUCAUCUGACCACAAGCCCACAUCUCGCACUGAACAAUAUCGGCCCAUCAUCCAGCCUCCCUAUUCCUCUUCUUCCUCCUCCUCCUCUUCUUCUUCAGCCGGGAAAGGUUCCAAAAGCAGCUCCAGCAGUGGCUAUUCUUCUGCCAGCUCAGCCUCAUCCUCAAGAACUCCCCACACCCCACCUUCUGCCUCCUCUACCUCUUCCUCCUCUUCCUCUUCAUCUGCUACCUCUGGGGCUCAUCCCUCCAACUCAAUUCCAACCUCCAGCUCCAGCGCAGCCCCCUCAAGGCAGCAGCCUCCCCCUCAGCCCGCUCCUCCUCCCCCUGCCCCUCAGCAGCCUCCUGCGACUUCCUCCUCAGCCCCCCAGUCUCUCCCCAAAUCCUGCCUCUCAGGCUAUGGCUCUCCUGUGCCCCCUGUAAAGACCCCUACCUCUGCUCUUACUGGUCAGACCCCACCCCAACAACAGACACAGUCAUAUUCCCCUAAUCAGCCCCCUACCUCCCACCUGACUCAGUCCUACGGUGGGUUCAGCUCACCACAAGCCCAAGACCUAAGCUCUGGUACAGGAGGGAAAGGCUAUGGGAGUUUAGGAGGACGGAGCCAGUCAUACUCAACUGAUAUUUAUGGAUCUGACUCUGCUUAUGGAUCACUUCCAUCCUCACUUGGUGGAGCAGGAAGCCCAUCCCUUAGCUACGGCGCUCCUGGUCACUCCCCUGCCCUUUUAAGGUCAAGUGGUUCAUCGGGAAGUGGAGCAUCAGGAGGAGGAAGCAGUAGCGGCACAGGAAGUGGGAACUCUGGCUCAGGAGGAGGAGCAGGAAAUAGUAUGACAAAUGAGAGAGGUGGAGGCGGCAGUGGUGGAGGGUCUUAUCAUAUUCCGGACUCCAGCCCUUCUCCAUCUGGCAACUCAGGCAUCAUCCGUCCAGGGUUGCACUCCCCGGUGCCCACCUGUCCUACACAAUCUCCAGGUGGUGCAGGCUCUAAUAAAUACAUCUCAUCAGUCCUCUCCCCUACUUUCCUUGCUUCUCCGCAGGGCUACCCCGACACCAGAGGUCCCAACACCCAAGCUCAGUCCUAUCACUCCACCUCCUCCAAAACAAAGGAUACUUCCAUGCUAGGAGUUGGCUCUCAGAGAUCCCAAGAGGAAGUAGAUGAUGAUGAAGAAUUCUUGAUCCAGCACCUGCUUCAAGCCCAGGCAAGUCCUGCUCCCCAGGCUGCUCAUCACCAUCCUCAACAACAACAACCCCAACAAGCAUCCCAGCAAACACAGUCUCAGCCCCAGUCAGUGCCCCCUACCACUGAUUCAGGCAAAGGACUGACCUACGAUAUGGGUAAGACCUCCGAGGAGAGGUACCACCCCCAAAGUGUAAUACGUACACACAGUGCCACAUCCUCUACCGGAGUAGGUAAUGCAGGGUCUGGAGGGUCCAUCUCAGGGCUGGAAAACCAGCUGGAGAUGUCACUUAAGAAACAACAGCAACAACAUCAGCAGCAACACCACCACCAACAGCAGCAACAGCAAAGGAACGAGAGGUCUGUUGGAAGCAGCAGAAGCAGCGGAGGGAGAGGCAGUGCUGAACAAUUGCAUUCCCAUCUUCAUCACCAUGACAACCUAGGGUCAGUUGUCCAUUACGGGAGGGGUGACCCAUACAGCCAACACUCCCUUGCUGCCCAACACUCCUCUCAUGGUCAGCAUGUGUCCUCACACUCGCAGAUACCGUCCCACAGCCAAAUGGAGCUCCAAAAGAAGCCACAGGAGCGCGCUGAAAUCCCGUAUCCACGCAAAACCCCGGAAGUCCAGCAACAACAUUCCCAGUCUCAAGCUGCCACCUCCCUCAUGGACUCACCCACUGAUCAAUCACGUCAGCCGCCACACCUGCUCCAGUCAGUGUUGUCCCACACCACCAGAAACAAACUGGAGCCACACCAACAGCACCACAAGAUGGAUUCCCAUCAACAACAUCAACAACAACACCACAAGAUGGACCCCCAUCGGCAACACCAACCACAUCACAAAAUGGACUCCCACCAACCGCAUCAGCAGCACCCAAAAAUGGACUCCCACCCUCAGCAUCAACAGCACCACAAAAUUGAUUCUCAUUCCCAACACCAACAGCAUCAUAAAAUGGACUCGCACCCCCAACAGCAGCAGCACUCUAUUAACCAACAGCAAGCUGUGAUGGAAAGUGCUGGUGGGACACUUGGCUCAAGUAAACAUCAGAAUCAGUCACAGUCCCAAACCACCCAACUCCAACUUCAACUCCAGUCCCAGGCUUUGGAGGUGGCAGCAGCCCACUACAACCAUGGCCCACCUCAACAUCAGCACGAGCAGAGCCAGGUCAAACAAAGCUCAGUGGUUUCGUCUUUGGACAUGCUUGAGCGCUCCCUCUCUCAGACCUCCAGCUCUGAUGUUGCUGUUUCUGAGGAUAGACGUAGUGCAGCAGGUAGUGGGGGGAGGAGUGGUGGUAGCACUGAUCGCCACCGACAGCAGCAGCAGCAGGAGCAGCAGCAGAGGCAGCACCCAUCCCACCACCACUCGCAGCAACACUCCGCCUCUGAACUCCACUCCUUUCUUUCAGAGCCUGAUAUCGGCUUGUCCACCCCAUCUCACAUGCACCAUCUUUCCCAACACCACCAGCAGCAGCAACAGCACCCCAGCUCCCAACACCAACAAACCCACACCCACCACCCCCACAACCAGCCCCACCCUCACCACAUAUCCACACAAUCUGGCCAAUCAUCCCACUCCCAGCCUCAACCUGACCAACAGCAGCUUACCCCCCAGCAGAGCCAGCUGGACCAACAGCGAUCAGAGCAGCACCAGUUUGACACAGUCAGCCCAGUGGAGAAAGCAGACCAGAGUCAACAAAGUAACCGCUUUGUACCCCUUACUUCUAUCUGCUUCCCCGACUCCCUCCUUCAAGAUGAGGACCGCUCCUUCUUUCCAGGAAUGGAAGACAUGUUUUGUGCCGAGGACUACAAGUCCAGCUGUGCAGGAGGUGCAGGACCAGGGCAGGAGGAGAUGAAUGAAAGCCAUACUGGGCAGGAGGGAAUGGAUUCAAUAAAAGGCGGACAGAGUGCAGGUGGAGCAGGGGGAAGUAGUGGAGCCAGCUUUGACAUGAUGGGUCACCAUGGUGGAGAUCAGGGGUAUGAACCCUACUGUCAUGGCUUGGAAGAACCCAACAACAACACCAUGACUCUGGAUCUGGACUCCCUUAAAAGCCAUGAGCUCCCUUCCACUGUCAACACUGAGCAUCUCGGAUUGAUACAGUCCCAGGCCCCAGCUAUGGGAAUGGGCUCCAAUACUGCUGGUCCCAACAACCCUGGAACCAAACUUUCUUCAGGUCCUGGUGGAACUGGCUCAGGAACUGGUUCUGGAGGCCUCCAGUCACCCAUUUUCUGCUCAUCGCGUCCCAAAAAGCUCCUCAAGUCCAGCUCCUUCCAUCUGUUGAAGGAGCGGCGGGACCCAAACACCCUGCCUAAGAAAAGUUAUGCUCAAGAAUACGAGUUUGAAGACGAUGAAGAUAAAGCAGAUCAGCCAGCGGACAUCCGAUUGAAUAGUAGGAGACUCCCAGACCUGUUGCCAGACUUGGUUUCGAGUUGCAGAAAGGGAGGAGCUGGAGCUGGGUCCCUCAGUCCUUUAAUGGGUGACAUUGACUUUUACCACUCCUCUGGAUACUCCUCUAUGGCUUCACACUCCCUUAUGCCUCAGGAUGGACCCAAGAAGAGGGGUCGAAAGCCAACUAGACCUAAGAGAGACGGUCCACCCAGGCCAAGAGGCAGGCCUCGCAUCCGUCCGAUGCCUGAGCCCUACACGCCACGAGGGAUGAUGGGAGAGAUGGGUGGAACAACAGUGGGAGGGGGAUUCAGUGUAGAGGGACGAGGCAGGGGAAGGGGCCGUGGAAGCCGAGGGAGAGGAGGAGGAGGAAGGAGGGAGGAUAUGUACAUGGAAAUGGGCGGGAAAGAGCAGGAGCAGAUGCACCAUCAUCAUCUCCAGCAACAGCAACAUCAUCACCAGCCCCAACAGCCGCUACAUGAGCCUACUAUUCCACCUCUAAAGAUCAAGUUACCAAUUGGUACCCUGUCCUCCUCUGAUGCCUUGCUGAGGACGGACUCUCUGUCAGGCACAGACCCGGCUUUAUCAGACGGUUCAGUUGGCUCCGCUCCCUCACUGGGUUUAAGUCCUGGACCUCCAUGCAGCACUGAAAGCUCCAGACACCAGGAAAAAAACAAACAGAAGAGCCAGAUGAUGAGUGAAGGUGUGGAUGAAGAGGGGCUGGAGGAAAGGGGAGAUGAAAAGGACUCCGACUCCAAGGCUGGCUUUGUUGCCUCAUUCCUUGACUUCCUGAAGACUGGGAAGAGACCUCCAGGCUUGGACAUCUCACCUGGAAUGGAACCUGACAAUGGUGAAAACUCACCUUGUAAAUCAGGGGGUCUUCGCCCACUGUCUCCUGCACCUCCGCCUCCACCACCUCCACCUCCAUUCGGGGACAGUGAAGGAAACGGCGGACUGGCUCUUGGCAACUGCCCCAGCCCCAAGCGCCUGGAAGAUGAGCUGAAGAGGAACCUGGAGACCCUGCCCUCGUUCUCCUCUGAUGAAGAGGACUCGGUGGGGAAGAACCAGGACCUCCAGAAGAGCAUCUCUUCUGCCAUUUCUGCUCUGUAUGACACUCCUCAGCUGCCCUCCAACAUCCAGCCCCCGCUCCAUCCUUCUCCGCAUUCCCAGGCUGAGCCUCAGCAAGCCCAGUCCCCACUUACUCCCAUGCUGCCCCCCACACUUAGCCCUCAGCCUGCAAUGCACACACCUCACACCCUUUCUCAGACCAGUGAGCCUGAUGUUCUCCAGCCAGAAGAUGGAGACAUGGAGGAGAACAAAGAGGAGGAGAACGAGGAGGAGAGAAGCAUGGGAGGGGAUGGAGAGAGUGAAAUGAUGGAGGAGAGGGAGCCACAUCUGGAAACACUGGAUGCACCUCAUCUUGAUGCUCACCUUCCAGAGAUUCCUCCAGCGCCAGAAACUCCUGAACCUCCCUCUGCCCCUCCAUCUCCCUCCUCAUCCUCCUCUCCUUCCCACUCCCCCCUCCCUCCCCUUUCGCUCCCCUCACCUCCACCUCCACCAGAAGAACAACUAGAAAUCUCCCAGCCUCCAAGCCCUGUCGCUCCAGCAUCCCCCUCAACGCCCCCUCCCCAGCCCGCUACUCUCCCUCAGCCUGCCCCCGGCACCCCUCCUCCCCCUGCUCCUGCUCCGACUUCCCCUGCUCCACCAUCUUCUGCUCAGAAGGAGUCUCCCAUGCCAUCUCCGGAGUCCCCCGCCUCUCCAGAAGAGCCCCCGCCUCCCAAGAUCACCUCCCUGCACCUUGCCCAGAAGCAAGAAGAUGCCGCCAUUGUUGGAGAGAGUGAGGAGGACGAGAGCGAGAGUGGAGGGGAGGGAAUCUUCAGAGAGAGGGACGAGUUUGUGGUGCGGGUGGAGGACAUUCGAACCCUCAAGCUGGCCCUGCAGACGGGACGUGAGCCUCCACCCAUCUGGAGGGUGCAGAAAGCCCUCCUGCAGAAGUUCAGCCCCGAGAUCAAAGAUGGACAGAGACAGUUCUGUGCCACGAGCAACUAUCUUGGCUACUUUGGAGAUGCUAAGAGGCGAUACCAGCGAAUCUAUGUCAAGUUUCUGGAGAAUGUUAACAAGAAGGACUACGUUCGAGUCUGCUCACGGAGACCAUGGCGCAGAGCAACACCUGCUCUCAGGCGCCCGUCUCUCCCCAGAAUGGCUUCCCCUCCUGCCACCCAGGCGCCAGCAAAGGUAGUUGAGAAGGAAGAGAGAAUGGCUCCACCAGUCCAACGCGAGCAGAGGGAGAAAACGAGAACAGCCACCACUGCAGCAACAAAAGAACCGAGAGAAAAGAAGGAGGCUCCAGCUGCUGUGCCCAAAACUAAGGACCGGGAGAAAGAGAGGGAGCCCGAGAGGGAGAGGGAAAAGAGAGUGCAGCCGCAGCAGGAGAAGGUGGAGAAACGUACUGCAGCAGCAGAGCGUGGGAGGGCAAAGGAGGAGAAGAAAGCGGUGGAGAGGAAGGAGAAGGAGAAGUCCGAACACCCACCCAAGUCCAAACCGGUUAAAGUGAAGGCGGAACCCCCGCCUAAGAAGAGAAAGAAGUGGCUGAAGGAAAUACCUUCAUCGUCAGACUCGGACUCAUGAGAGGCAGCGAGUGAGAAUGAAAUGCCAGUGAAAGGCGGAGUGAACAACCGUGCCAUGAGGGAGAUGUUCAGGAGCUACGUGGAGAUGCUGGUCAGCACGGCGCUGGACCCCGACAUGAUCCAAGCUCUGCAGGACACAGACGAUGAGCUUUACCUCCCGCCAAUGAGGAAGAUUGACAGCAUCCUCAACGAACAGAAGAGGAGGCUGUUGAGGCGAGUCAGCAUGAGCUCUCAGCAGCAGGAGGUCCUGCAUGCGUACCCUCAGAUCAUUGUGGACCCGCUGGACUCAGGAGUGGUGAGGGUACGGUUAAGCGGGGACGCUUACAACCGCAAGACCCUCAACAGAGUUAAAAAGACCCUGCCUAAACCACAGGACCUUAAGCUGUCAGCUGACUCGUAUCGGAUCUACAGUCUGUAUCACUCCCUGCAUCACUAUAAAUACCACACCUUCUUACAGUGCAAAAAAGAGACCAACACCAUCGAGCAGGCUGGCGAGGAUCCGGGCCAGGAGGAAGUGGUGCAACAGUGCAUGGCCAACCAGAGCUGGCUGGAUACACUCUUCAGCUCCUUCAUCGAGCUGCUCACGCUCAGCACCAAAGCCUGAGCUAGAUGCAGAAAAGAGACUUAAGAAUAUAAAGGCAAGGGGAUUGAAAUGAAAAGAAAAACGAAAUAUGGAAAAAGAUGGAUCCUACUGUACAGCCCCCCUCCCCCCAUGGAUUUUGAAGGCCCUUGGCGAACACAAGAGGGUCUGUUCAUGUGACCUCGGACACUGGCCUCUGUUAUUUUUCUUGCUGUCGAUCAAAGACUAGAGAACUGUCUUAUUUUCUGAGGAAGGGGGGACCCCACCCUACUGGUCCCUGGCAGAUCAGGAGGGAAUUGACCAUUGUUGGAAAAAGGAGCUAAGGACAAAGAGUAGGAGCCGCGAAACACCAAGUCAACAGAGGAGCCACUGACAUAGUGUAAACUGUGUCAUAAAGACGAUGGUUCAAAGAGAAACUAUUACCACUUAGUUUUUACAUAAAUUAUUUUUUGAAGACUAACAUCAGCUGUCGGCUUUUGAAAAGAGUGGACCAGGGUGAGAAUGCUUUUUAAACUGCGUGCAGAGUGAUGCCAUGAGCAGCGUGAACAUAGACUUGUCCAGGACAGAAACAUGAAAUGUGAUAAUACAACGCUCUCUCUCUCUCUCUCUCUCUCUCAUCCUGUGCUAUGUGAAGGGCAGCUCCAGUCCGCUGUGUGAUAAUAUAUAAACACAUUUUUAUUAUUUAUAUGAGGAGGUUUUUAAAUUAAACUCUCACAAGCGCUAGGUUUGCUGCCCAAACAUUUUAAAUACCUUUUUAAUUUUUACAGGUUCAGUAUACAGUUGUUACCCACAUAUCCAAGCUGUCUUCCCCCUCUAGACAAACAGGACACAUGCUGAGACAGAAAUAUUGGGUGUAGUACAGUGGGUGUAAAGUAAUAAAAAAAAAAAGAAGAAGAGAGGAGGAGGAGGACUGGCAAAUCUAUUUGAAACUUAACAUUGUUGUGCUUCAGUUCAACCAUCAGUCAUGCAGGUGCAAAGAAAAAGAAGUAAACUAUCCAUUUCCCAUGUGGGAAGAAGGAGUAUAAAUAAGUAAUAUUUAAAGAGGAAAUAGUCAUUUCAUUUCUAUCAUUUUGACGUUUGUGCAUACUAUGACUUAUUUUGAAAACAAUCUAAUUUUCCAUAAAAAAAAGGAAAAAAAAGGCGUGUAAAUAUUGUACAGUUCUUGAUGAAAUUCUUUGUCCUUCUGUACAUUAACUCCUGUAUUUGAGAAACAAAUAAAAUCUGCAAAGAACAAA